CGUCGUUGACGCGGCGACGCCAUUGCACCUCUCCUACGUUCUCGCGCAGGUUGACAAUGUUUGGCGGCACGGCUGUGACGGGCCAGCACCAGCUCCUCAGCGGUACAUCGCAGCUCGCCAAGAAGUACCAUCAGAUGAAGCACGGUGACGGCAGCAGCGGCGUGGACCGGCGACGUGGCACGUCGGUCCUUCCGGAUGAAGCGGCUGAUUUGCGCACGCUUGGCGACGAGAGCGCGCGGGCGCUUCUUCAGCAGGACGCCGACGCGCAGGCCUCGUACACCAAGCUUACUGAGCACGACAAGCUCGCGCUCUUUGAAGUUGCUACCGACACGUACUACGCCGUCAAGGGCGUCAUCACGGUACACACGUGCCUCUCGGAGGUUAUGCAAAUGCUCAACACCAAGAACCCGGAGCAGUGGAGCGACGUCAUGACCCGCUUCCUCGGGCCCAUGCACACCUCGUCGUGCCUCUGGUACCGAGACCGGUCCGUGCGCAGCGAUGACUAUGCGACGUCGGUCCACACCCUUGUGGUCAACCCCGCCGCGCUCAACACUGUGAGCGAGCGCAACGCGACGGACCGCGAGCCCCGGGAGUUUUGCUACCUCCGGUACUCGGACUACUUUGAGCUCAGUGAGCACAGCAUCGAGCGCACGCUGCCCGAAGAUGUGGUGCGACCGACGCUCCGCGGCGUCUCUAUCUGGGAGUCGGUGUCGCUGCUCGAUGGCCCCAAGGAUGCAACCGGCAGCUUUCACCGCAGCGGCUUUAUCGUCGAGCCGACGCACGUCGUCAACACGGUCAAAGUGUCAUUUAUGUUGACGUCGACAGCGACGGCCGCGCGCGACCUCUCGCACCACUCGAGCAGCCGCCACAUGAGCAACGCCAGCUACCGCGUCAGGACAGCUGCGGACGCCUUUUUCCUCCAGCGCCUCGUCCGGUCGACGAUAAACCACUUUAGCAGCGCACUCAUGGACCAGCGCAUUCCGACCGACCGGCUGCUCGCCAAGGAGCUUUGGAGCGACGGCAGCAUGUGCUGUCUCUGUCUCAAGAACUUCACGCUCUUCCGGCACAAGCACCACUGCCGCCUCUGCGGCGACGCGGUCUGCACGUCCUGUUCGAUCAACCGGCACCGGCCGACCGACCGCCAAGACAUUCGCGUCUGCGGCGCGUGCGUCGACGGCAACCCCGCCAACAUGAUCCGCGCGUCCAGCAAGCUCUACUCGCAGGAGAACAUCCGCGCCAAGCAGCUGCUGCAGGCGUCGCGCAACAGUACGAGCGCGCUCCAGUCGAGUCGCCACCACAGCGAGUUUCGGUCAGUGCGGGGCCACUCGGCAGUCUCGUCCCUCGGCCCGCGCCCGAUCGAGACCAAGGACGUCGAGGACGCGCCGGCUGUCAUGGACCCGCUGCACUUUGCGAGCCAGCGCACGUUUGUCCUCGAAGAGACGACGGACGAGCCGGUCAAGCCCGACUUUCGCAAGACCAAGUCCGAGUCGCGGCUCAAGGUCGACCACGUCAAGAGCGAUGCGUUCGCCUUUGCGGCGCAGCAACCUGGGACGCCGCCGGCGCGCCGGCAUGACCGUCCGUACCCGCGGGCGUCGUUCGCGCCCCGGGGCAAGCGACCCGAGCCCGACGCGCCACCGGCAUCGUCGUCGUUCCGGGACCACUUUCACCAGCACAAGCACCGGUCGACGCCCGAGCCGGUGCAGCGCGCGCCGCCCGAGCACCGCCAAGCACCGCCAUCCGAGCACCGUUCGGCACCGCCGCCCGAGCACCGACCAGUGCCGCAAGACGAGCCAAUCCUCCGGCACCAGCAACAGCGCAUGCACACGAGCGCGGAGGGCAGGCACCGGCAGCACACGCAGCACCGGUCGGUGUCACCCACCGAAGCGCCGAUGCAGCGGACGUCGCCUUUGGAGCGUCGGUCGCCGCCGGACAACUCGCCGGCGCACCCCGAGCCAGAGCCAGUGCCCUUCGACGCGCGACAUCCGUCUGCCUACUAUGCAAAGCAGCCGCAACCCUUUCAGGGACGCCAACCGCAGACGACGAUGCAGUGGAACGACCCGCGACCGGCGGCACCGUCCUGGGCCGACCCGCUCACGCCGCUCGACUCGGACUAUAUCACCGAGUCCAGUCCGCUCUUGUACCCGCUGAGCUUUCGCAACGGCAACGAGUGGCCCGAUGCGCCCGAGACGGCGUUCGAGGACCUUCGGCUGCGCAAGGCGCACGAGCUCGACUUGCUCCGGCGCCGGGACGAGGUCCAGCGCUACGUGCAGCUCGCUUGCAAGGCGCUUGCGUGCCCCGUGGGCGCGAUCACGGUCGUCGGCGGGUCGGCCGGCCUCCUCAUCGCCAAGGUCGGCGUCGGCGCCGACACCAUGCCUCGCCACAUCAUGCUCGAGUCGCACGCCAUCACGUCGCGGUCGCCGCUCAUCGUGCUCGACUGCCGCGACGAUCUGCGCUUCAUGGCCAACCCGCUCGUGAGCCACGGUGAGGUUGGCAUCCGUUUCUACGUUGGCCUGCCGUUGUGCACGUCGGACGGCUGUGUCAUUGGUGUCCUCUCGCUCGUCGACACGACCGCCCGUUCGCGGGUCCGGAAGAGCGACCUCCAAGCCGCGAUGCAGGUGGCCACCACGGUCAUGCGCCGCUUCGAAGACAUGGCGCUCCACGACGAGGGCCAGUACCAUCCGCACGCACGGGGCUAUGGCCGGCCGGCGUCGCCCGACCUCGACCUCGAUUGAUGAGAGCGUCGUUGCCGUAGUACAGUACGUGGCGUGGUAAGCAGCAUGAAGCCGAUAGAAGCGAGUGCGUCGUAAUGCUUGCGCUGCCACCUUGGGUGGCUCGGCUUGGGCGCUGCUUGUAAUACAAUACAAACAUUUAAUUCGUCGCCUUGCCA